AGAGAGUAGGCUUGAAAUGAGGAAGGCUGCUGCAAAGCUGAGCAUUUCUUUGGAAGAAUCACAACAGCAAAGAUUCAUGAGUGGUAAUUACUGUAAUCUCAAUUUGAGAGAAAUCUGUGAUUCUGAUAUCAAGAUUGACAAAAAACAAAAGAGUCACUGUGAAUUUGAUAAAGAUGGAAGGAGUUUCAGACACUAUUCCAUCUGUUCUCAGGAUAGUAGAUGUAGGGAAUGCUCUACUGGACAGGUAGACCUUGUUGAGUCUCGUGAGAAGCCUCCUGAAGUGCAAGCUUAUCAAUGUGAGAUGGCCUUCAGCUUGAAUUCAGACCUAAUUAGAUCUCAGAAAAGUCAUAGUGGAGAAAUGCUUUAUACACAUAAUGAAGGUGAGAAGGCCUUCAGCAGUAAUUCAAAGCUCAUUGACCAUGGAAAGAAACAUUAUGACUGCAAUGAAUGUGGGAGAGCCUUUAAAGGACAGUUAUCAUUUAUUCAGCAUCAGAAAUGUCAUACUAGCGAAAAGCUACAUAAUUGUAUGCAAUGUGGAAAGGCCUUUGAGAGACAGUCCUCCCUUACUUCCCAUCAGAGAAUUCAUACUAAAGAGAAAUCCCUUGAGUGUCGUGAAUGUGGUGAAGUUUUCAAUGAAAAGUCAUCCUUUGUUGUACAUCAGAGAAGUCACACCAAAGAGAAAUGUUAUGAAUGCAAUCAGUGUGGAAAGACUUUCAGACAGAAAUCCAAUCUUGCCGAACAUCAGAGAAUCCACACUGGUGAGAAACCUUUUAAAUGUAAUCAGUGUGGAAAGACUUUUAGACACAGCUCUAGUCUUGCUAAUCAUCAGAGAAUCCACACUGGAGAGAAACCUUAUGAAUGUAAUGAAUGUGGAAAGGCUUUCACACAGAGCUCCAAUCUUGCUCAACAUAAGAGACUCCACACUGGAGAGAAACCUUAUACAUGUAACCAAUGUGGCAAGACUUUCACAUACCACUCCAGUUUUGCACUACACCAGAGAAUCCACACUGGAGAAAAACCUUAUGAAUGUUAUCGAUGUGGAAAGACUUUCAGACAGAGUGUCAGUCUUGUUGUACAUCAGAGGAUUCACAGGAAAGAAACCUUAAAAAUGUAAUCGGAGUGGAAAGACUUUCAGAUGCACCUCCAGUCUUGCCGUACAUCUGAGAAGCCACACUGGAGAGAAACCUUAUGAAUGUAAUCAGUGUGCUUAAGAUCUUCCAGCAACAAUCAUCCCUGAUUUCCCAUGGAAAAAUUCAUAUUAGAUAUAAACUUAUCACUGUAAUUUAUGAGGAAAGGCAUUCAAAUGGAGUAUAGAGCUUGUUAGAUAUCAGAAAAUUUAUUCUGGGGACAAACUGAAUUUGCACUCAAUGUGGGAAGACCUUUAGUUAGAGAUCAUCUCUUACUUUGCAUCUGACCAUUCACAGUGGAGAGAAACUUUACGAAUGUGCUCAAUUGGGACAUGUCUUUUGCUGAAACAUAGAGAUCUCUAGACAUCAGAAUAUUCACACUGGAAAGAAGACUUAUAAAAGCAAUAAUUGUGGGAAAGCCUUGAUGUGGAGGUCAUACUUGACCGUACCUUGGAGAAAUUAUACUAGAGAUAAAACUUAUAGAUCUAAUUAACAAGAGAUGACCUGUUGCUUGAGCACAGUCCUAAUUAGAUAUCCCAAAUUUCAUACUGUAUAUAAAGCCUUAUAAAUGUAAUGAGUUUUGCUCUGAGGUACUAUUGUUUUUUUCAGUACUCCUCAAUAAUAUUUCAUAGCAAAUACCAUAACUUCAUCAGCCAUUUCCCAGUCAAUUAAUAUGGUCUUGUUUCCUGCUCUUUGUUGACAUAAAAAAUUCUGGUAUAAAUAUUUUGGUAACUGUAGGACACUUAUUUCUGUAAUGAUUUCUUUUGGCUGGUAGGUGGCACAGUGAAUAGAGUGCUGCUCCUGAAGCUAUAUGACCUGAGUUCAAACUCAGUCUCUGAAACUUACUAUAUGUGUGAACCUGGGCAAAUCAUUUAACCUUUUAAUGCCUUAGUUCUUGCUAUCUGUACAAUUUAUAUACUAAGGGGUGGAGCCAAGAUGACAGAGUAAAGGCAAGGAGUCACCUGAUCUUCUCCAAAUCCCCCUCCAAAUGACUUUAAAAUAAUUUCUCAAGACAAAUUCUGAAGCGGCAUCACCAACAAAAGGAAGUAGCAAAAUAAUUUUCCAGUUCAGACAACUUAGAAGGUUGGCGGGAAAGAUCUGUCUCACUGGGUGAGAGUGGAGUGCACCCCAGUGCAGGUUGUGCCCCAGCAAGCCAACUGCAAGUCUCAAGGCCAACUGAAUCAGCAGGCCAACAGUGACUUCAGAAGCUCUCAGCCCACAUGUGCGUUGGGCCGCCAAGGUUUUUCUUUUUCUUUUCCGGAGUGCCAAGAGAGCUGCUCCCUUCACACCUUCUUUCAGGUCCCUGUUCGGGCGCCACUUGUUGCCCCCAACUAGUGGGGCACCUCACGGGAGAGCGCGAAAUGAAGAAACGUGGGCCAGGAGGGUCAAUGAAGACGGAGCCGCUUAUUCAUCUGAGGGUCACAGUUUAUAUAGGCAAAAUUACAUAGUUUCAAAGAGUCAUUCCCAUGGGACACUCCCUAACCUUAGCCCUCAUACGUGACUGCUAUUGUUCAUUCCUGCCUGUUAUCAGGGCUUAAGGGUCAGUCAGAAUGUUUACAGAACCUCCCCUUGCAUUGGAGAAUGGUGAGCGAAUCAUCCGGAGAAUGUGAGCCUUUGAGGGUAAGAACAGGCAAGACUUAAGCUUUGUCCUGCACUCUUCAACCCAAACUGGACUCCUCAGAGCUGGCCCUCUACACAAGAAAAAACAAACAAAAAAAAAAAA